AUGGCCUUCUUCACCUGGUCUCAAUUUUUCGAGACUGUACGAACAGGCUUUCCCAUUAUCUGCCUUGCGUUUUUUGUCAGAGUUUUUUAUCAAGCAUACCUCACACCUCGUCGCAAGAUUCCCGGCCCGUGGUAUUCACGACUCACUCAUCUUGUCCUUAAAUACCAUACAAUCACUGGUAAUCGCCUCCAUUAUGUUCAUUCUCUCCAUCAAAAAUACGGUCAUAUAGUCCUCGUCGCUCCAGACGAAGUAUCAUGUUCUUCACUCACUUCUUACAAAACAAUCCACCGCAUCUCCAAGCCCUUCCUCAAAUCUGUUUGGUAUCGCAACUUUACGGCUGCACUGCCAAAUCUUUUUAGUAUGAUCAAUCCAAAAGACCAUGCUGCCCGUCGCAAAUUGCUUGCGCAUGCUUUCAGUAAGAGCUCUUUGAAAGUAAAUUGGGAGAGUGAGGUUAGGAAGAAGACAAAUCUGGCAGUGAAUAAAAUCAAAAGAGAUGCUCUGGCAGGUGAAGUAGAUAUUAUGAAAUUUUUUAUGUUUAUGGCUACAGAUGUCGUGGGACAUCUCUGUUUUGGAGAGAGUUUCAACAUGUUGGAAAGUGAACAGAAAAACCAAUACAUCCAGGAUCUCCAACGCGUGAUGAUGGUCAGCGGCAUUAGAGCUGAGUUUCCGACGAUUUCUAGGAUUGGCGAGAUGUCAGGUCUUUCAUUCUUCAAGUCUCCCAAAGAGCGAUUAGAUGAGUAUGCAUCAUUAGCAGUCAAGAAUGCAAGGUCACAGAGUGAUGCUACUUCUAACAUAUUCCGCAAAAUACUCUCCGAAUCGAAAUCGGAUAGCAUAGAGGGAUCACUUUCGGAUUUAGAUAUUCGGGAGGAGGCUACAGGAUUUAUCAUCGCUGGCACUGAUACGACUACUAUGACACUUACAUUUUUGGUAUAUCAUAUCUUGAGAAAUCAAAAAUUGCAGAGACAAUUAGAAGACGAGGUUGACACUUUACCUAAUGAUUUUGAAGCCAAGGAUGUUGAAGGAUUACAGUUGUUAAAUGCGGUUAUUCAAGAAGGACUGAGGUUAUGGGGAGCGGGAUCAGGGAGUCUCCCUAGAACUGUUCCUCAAGAAGGCGUUGAGCUCGAUGGAUAUUUUCUCCCUGGAUCUAUGACAGUUUCCACGCAAACUUACACAAUUCACCGCGAUCCGGAAAUCUUUCCAGAGCCUGACAGCUUUGACCCCCAACGCUGGCUCGGUCCCAAAUCAGAUGAUUUUAAAGCGGCAAAUAAUCCAUUCGGUGCUGGAACGCGAACAUGUGUUGGUAUGCAUUUGGCAAACAUGGAAAUAUACUUAAUCCUCGCUUUACUUUUCAGGGAGUGCAAAGGAAUUAGAAUCGCCUCGAUCCAAGAUGAUGAGGGAAUGGAGAUUGAGAAUUACUUUGUGAUUGGACCUAAGGGACAUAAAUGUCUUGUUACGAUGCGAGAAGGAUUUUAG